AUGUUCAUGUUUACGCGUCUUAUCUUAUCUGCCUUGAGUCUUUCAGCAGUCAUGCAACUCGCAACUGGAAGUCCUGUUAUCAUCCCCCGAAAUGUAGGAAGUUUUGGCUCCUUGUACGGACCGCCAGUUCUCUUUGGUCGCAGAAUUGUGGCCCGUCCGACCUACGUGUUUUUUGCUCGGACUACACACCCAGUCAUCAUGAAGCGGGGCUGUCGUCACGGUUCUAAGGACUCGAAGCGAUCACCACAAUCGCGCCACAGGGAUGGCUACAAUUCGUCCGACUCCAAAGACGAUGAAGAUGACGAUGAGAAAUAUUCUCAUGGCGACAAGAAAAAGAACGAAGACAGCUAUGACAAAUGUAGCGAGGACGAAGACGACUCCUCUUCUUCGAAGAAAUCAGCUGGUCUGCCCGGACUCGACAGCUUAGGGAAAGGAGGUGGCGCCGGCGGGGCCACCAACAUGCUCUCUGGUGCAGGCAGUCCGACGAAGAUGCUCAGUGGUGGCGGAGGUGGGCCGACCAGCAUGCUCUCGGGGGAGGGCGGUCCAACAAAGAUGCUUAGUGGCGGCGGAGGUGGUCCGACUAGCAUGCUCUCUGGCGCGGCCAGCCCCACGAAAAUGUUAGGCGGCGGCGGUGGUGGGCUCCCUGGCCUUGGUAGUCGCAGUCUUGAGGCCUAA